AGUGAAUGGCCACACACACUUGCGGCCGCCAGGCACGCACAGGCAGGUCUUUGGGCAGUCGACAGCAAGGACAUGCACAUGCACACAGCAAACAAUCGGCUCGCCGAGUUCAAGAGUAUGCCCAAAAGCAGCUCCUGCAAGCGCAAGCGCACAGGGAUGAAGUUCGUCCAUACACACCUGCCUGCCUGCCUGCCUGCCGAGAUAGUAAGCGCGUACUGCACCUCAGCUGUCGUGUAGCAUGUCGUGUUCCACGACAAUGGCUGACCAAACUGGUUGAUCCACAAGUGGCACACACACACGCACACACACACAUCUUUCCCCUUUCGCAGGACCAAGUCAUGUCUCUUCUCUCACCAGCACAGUGGUUGAGACAUAUUUCACCAGGAAAAACGGCAAGGUAUCGACGUCAGCCGUCGCCUCGCUGAGCUUCUGCAGCCCCACGUUGACCGCCCGCUCCAGCUUGUUGAUCUCGUCAAACUUCUCCUCGUACACCUUCUUGUAGAAGUUGAUGAAAAGCAGGUGCGUUUUGGGCGUCACGUACACGUGGCGACACAUACCCGCGAAGUAGAGGUCGCAAAUCGUACCCACUUGUGCGUGCACCGUGUCCAUCAGCCGGUAGAGCUUCUCCUUGUUCUCGGGGCUAGUGUCGACCUUGUCGUCGGACAGGAAGGCCGACGCCAUGGCGAUGAGGGCCUCCUCCGGCCAGCGCAGAAACCGGUCGAUGGUCACGCAGCUAAAGAGGGCGGGAACUUCUGCGCACGGACCACAGGCGAGAAGCACAAGACCGCACGGAGAUUGUCUCUGGAUACAUCGAAGGGGAGGAGGAGAGGGAAAGAGAAAUGUGUAGUUGCGCUUGAACAUGCCUUGGAUGAAGAAGUAUUGGUACAUGCUGAUCAUGUUUUCCUCGAGCCAUGGUCGCUCCUUGACGAAGUCUUUACGAAUCUCAGCGCACAUGCCGUCCCGCUCGUCCUUUUGGAAGAGCCCCGCUACCUCGCCAGUGGAGAGGACCGAGUUGAGGUACUCGAGGAAGCUCUCCUGCUUGACCUCCUGGUCCGCAUCCACGUACAGACCCCUGCAGCAAGCCAGCCAGCCAGCGCCACAAGGAGACACGAAGAUGGGUGUCUGCUGGUGCGUGUACCUGAGAUUGUCGAAGAAGGCCUGCUCGCCGUAUGUCUUGGUGAUGGUGAUCUGGAAUCGCUUGUGGCGGGCGAUUGCUUGCCAGAGCCGCCGACACCCACAAGCAUGGCCGACCCGCGGGGCAGCUGCAUGAUGCGUGAGAUCCUCAUUAUGUGCUUUAGGGCGUCGUCGAAGAGCACGAGGUUCAUGCUCUUGGCGGGGUCUCCUCGUUGUACUUGGUCACAUGCUGUAGAAAGCAGACUUGUGCACACACAAUACUCUCUGCGAAUACCUUGCUCACCUGACGGUCGCCGCUUUGGAUGGACAGAUGCGCACCUGCCUGCGAUCAAAUCAAUGAAUAAUGAUUCACGCACGCCACGCCACGCCACGCCAAAUGGACACACCAGCACACCGACCACACCCACCCUGACAAACCUAACAAGGACGAACACAGCUCGUACUACAUAAACACAGGAAACGAGAGACCACAAAGCUCGGACUACGGACGAAACCGUGCACAGGGAGAAGGGAGACACAGCCCAUGGCGACAACAGACAAACAGAGAGCAAUUCCGUCCAUGGACGAACGGACAGACGCACUGCAUUUCUCAACAACAGACCCCUCCCAUACGUGAAAUGCAGAGCCGUUCAUGUGAAAGACUAUUUCCCAGGCUCUUCACACAAGGAGUGACGCUCAGUCAGCGGGAGUGACGCUCAGUCAGCCACGAAACAGAUCAGCGAGAUCAGCGGAGAAGAAGGCGAGCACAGGUUUAAACGGCUCAGACUACGAGCGAGCCGUCCACGGACAGAAGUACCAUCGAAGACAGUGCACCAAGAAACGGAGGCACUACCGGACACAAUCAACCUCAUACUGAACACAAUCAACGACGCAAGCUGCCCGCCACAAAAAAUGACUAAGGAAAGGGAGAGACAAAGACAGACGAAAGCAGAUGGCCCGGACUACGAGCGAACCGUGUACUACAGAGAGACAUUCAUGCAGCGCAGAGCCACUCAUGGGGAAACCAUUUCCCAGGCUCUCCGUAGGCCUUAC